UUGCAUGAAUCUUCUAUUGGUGCCAGUUAUUUCAAGAUCUAGACUGUAGUGAACGGACGCAUUAUUUAAAUAAUGGAGGAUAUUACGUGAAGUGAAAUGGGAAACUCAGAAAGUGUGGAUGAUGGGGGAUAUGGGAACCAAAUAUCCCCCGGGGUCAGCAGACAGAGCACCCAGAUCAAUGUUCUGCCGGUGGAGGAAGGGAUGGAGAUGCGUAACUUCCGGGAUACACGCCCAAUGUCGCCAUCCGUCAGUCGUCAGACGUUCGCAGAGAGAGCAUGGAAUGAUCAUAAUGGUAGGGACCCUCCCCCCGCCGAGAUGUCCAAUGGAGCGAUGCCUAAAAGAAAGGCGCCUAAUCACCCAGGGAUCAACACAAAGAAGGUUAAAGAAAAACUGGAGAAAGUUAUGGACUAUAUGAAAGCCAAACGUUCCAACACGGAUAUUUCUGUUCCGGCAUCUGCUAGAGACGUUGUGUACGACCUGGACGAGACGUUAGAUCCGGGAGAAUACGUGAGAGACAGUACGAAUAAUAUAAUAAAAAAGUCCCAACUAUUCCCAGAGGAGAAAUAUAACGUGAUUGGGAAGUAUUUCGAGAGGAUGGGUUCCACCUAUAGCGAUAUGACUCCCGAAAGCUCGGAAAGGACACCUUCCCCCGAGGAAUAUGGAGGAUCAAUGAUGAAGAAGCGGCCCCUGGGUGACGACCCACGACCCUCUAGCGUCUUCGAAGAGAAGAAGAAAUCCCUGGAGGAUGAGGAACCGAAGAACAAGCUAGCGUUAUCACAACUGAAUAGAGAGGUUCCUGCGAUACAGUUCGCCACGAUGAAAUUCCACCGGAAGUGUGAGUUUUCUCAUACUCACUUUGUAUACACACGUGACGAAUCGCUACUUCCUGAUAUGCCGCCACCCCAUCCACCUUACACCCGGAAGUCCGAAAUUUUCGAACCAAGACAGUACAGGAAAGUCGACAAGAGAGCCUUGAAGGUUCCUAAAACUUUUCUGAACAAGUUGCUCUGUGAAUUGGUUGGUCACCUGACCGACAACUACAAAAGUGACAUUGCCAAACUUCGAGCACUCUACGUUUGGCUGACUUCUCAAAAUCUUCGAAAACUGAAGCUUCCACUGAAACCAGCACGAGAAGGACACGUAUGGCACUACCUGGAAAAAAUCAAGAAAAAGAAAGGAAACUACGCACAACUUUUCAGUCAUCUUUGCAAUUUGGCUGGUCUCCCCUGCGUUGUAAUACAUGGUUACCUGAAAGGCAGUACAUACGAGAUAGGACAAACUCUGAACAAGGAAUCUCAUUAUGGCGAAUGGAAUGCUGUUCUGGUGGACAACAACUGGCGUCUUAUUAACGCUUAUUGGGGUGCCUGUGCAGUAGAAGGCGAUAGCGACAGUGACAUGACCACCUAUCGUUUGGAUGAAAAUUUCUUUAUGCCUGAUCCUGAUCAACUCGCCUACACACAUUUUCCAGAGGAACAGAAAUGGCAGUUGAUGGAACCUUCCAUGUCCAUUUUUAGCUUUGAAAGGCGUGCAUUCUUAAAGGAACGAUUCUUUGAAUUGGACAUGCGAGUUUUAUCACAUCCAGACUGUGAAUUUAAAGUACACAAUGGGGAAGAUGAAAUCCUGUUUGGAAUGAACGGAGAAAGAGCACCACAUCUUAACUUUAUAUGUUUGAUUUACCUGAAAGAAGAAAAGGAUUAUCGGCUUCUUUACGAUGAUGAGAACAGGUAUCAGCACGAUUUUCUGUACAAACCAAAUGAGGAUUCCUUAUCAGUUAGAAUACGUUUUCCUAAGCGAGGCACAUACCGUGUUGAAAUUGUUGGCAAAGACACAACUAUACAGGAUGAAAACUACGAGUACGACUGGAUUGCUAUUUACAAAGCAACCGUUGUCACCGGACCAAAGAAAUACGCAGCCUUCCCUAAAGCUGCUGAUGUUGGCUGGGGAAAUAGCCCACUUUUACAAGAAUUGGGGCUUACCUCAGCAAACUUUGAACAAAACAGGGCAGUAGUUACUGCAGAGGAAGGAAUGUGCACAAUUGCUUUUAACAUCAACACACCAGAGGCGGAGGAUUUGUCACUAUCUUAUAAAAUGAUAAGCGUCAAUUCUGGACUUGAAGAUGUGGCUAUGGAAUCCGAUGCAUUUGUCAAGGAGGAUGGAAAAUUCCAAUGUUAUAUUAACAUACCACCGGGUGACGAAGGAGCGUUCUGUUUGUUUGCACAAGUUGACGACCCGGAAUAUGGCUCUAUUGAAAAGAACAUUUGCAAUUACCUUAUCUUAUCCACUCCACUGAAAGAACUUGAUCAACAAGAAAAGAAGGAGGUGAAGGUGGUUGAAGAUGUGCUCGACGAUGCUAUUCACUUUAAACAGCUUGAAAUGCUCGAACGUGCUGUUGAUUUGGUCGAAACAAAGAGAGUUGGUCGUCAUAUGUAUAUGAAACUGGAGGAGGCGAAGGAGAACAUAGACCGUCUGAAAAACAUCUCGAAAAUGAUGCACAAGGUUUUGGCUUUAGAUCAGAGGACCAUUGCUGAAAUCCGCUGCUACUCAAAUCCAUCUCCUGAGAUUCAUGCUGUGAUGAAGGCAACUCUGUUGCUAUUGGGGCAUUUCGAGGAAGAAACCCGAGAUUGGAAAAACGUCCAAGCUAUCCUCGGUAAAACAGGCCGUGCAUCACUAAAGAGGAAGAUAAAUAUGUUUGAUAUUAAUCACUGUAAGUUAGACAUAGCUCUUGGAGCCCAAAAACUUCUUGGUGACAUGAAGCUGGAAGACAUAGUGAACCAAAGCUGUGGAGCGGCAACGUUCUAUGAGUGGGUUCAUUUUACUGCGGAGGAAGUUUCUCAUAGAAGACGAGAUGAAAUGAUGCAAGCUGUACCUAUAGUGACGUUAGCAGCAACACGUUUGAAAGCAAAAACAAAAAAUCUGGAUAAAGUGCGAGAAGCAGCAAAUUCUGAUCUUGAGAAUGCAGUUUAUCUGAAACGAGACUCACUUUCCCAAGAACCCCCUGGGUACCAGACUAGCUUUGCAACUAAUAUGCCAGUAUUUAAAGAGGUUAACGAAGAACAGCAGGAGGAGCCUGAUCUUCCAAGCCCUUUUAGUAAAACUCUCAAGAAUCUGAAGAAAAAAACUGAUCCCAAACCAGCAGUAGAAAAUGUAGGAGCAGUUGGUGGAGAGGACUACGUGAUGAUAUCGGACGAACAAGACAUUCCAAAACAGAAAGUCGAGGCUGUUAUUGAACCGCCCAAAGAUAACACAACCAAAUUACCUGGAAAAGGACCAAACAAACCAGUCAACACAAAACCAGCAGGGAAUGCUAAAAAUGGUCAGGAAUCUAAUAUGAACGCACCACAAAAAGGCGCACCCACAAAUAAGAAUUCUUCAUCGCUUCCAGCCCCAAAAUAUGACCGUUUGGUGGAAGAAGUAGGAGGACUAGAUAAACCCCACCCCGAGUUUGCCAAGGAAAUGGAGAAGCUUCCCGAUUCCAGACCUCCUGAACCCCCUGGUGAAGACUCUCUUCUUCCUGGUGAUGAAGAUGACACGUACAUGAAAAUGUGGUUAGCCAGAAGCUAAAGGACUUCGUGGAGGAGCUAUGACAACCGAAAUCAUUGAAGAAAUGAAGAAAAGAUUUACAGACGACGUUGUCAACACCACCAUUGCUCGAACCCGGACUUCCAGACUGUCU